CUUUUGAUGGAAGCAUGGUGGCUUUUGGUAAAACAUGCGAGGGGUAAUUUCAAGGACUUUUCAUAAUACAUUUCUUCCAGAAGGUUCUCCAUUAUAACACGAUGACGUCAAUGCUCUUGCUUUCUCCCCCCUCCCCACUCGGAAAACGGACACAACGCCCUUAAAGGUAGCACGACAACAGCAUGGUGGUUAUUCUUACCAGCCCAACGUUUUACGCCGAGUAAACACGGUUACAUGCCCUUCACGCGUACUGUCGGAACUGACCCGCCGUCAAAAACACCAUAGAGGACGGGGGCCAGCAGCCAACACGCAGCCAUGGCAGGAGAGACUUUUCAGCUCGACGAGAAGCUGGGGCCGCGUCACAUGGUCUCUCGAACACCAAUCGGAGGGGCCCGCUUGAGUCACGUGUCUCCCACGACCCAAUCAGACGGGCCGCUGGCGUGUUUAUGCUGGUCUUUUCUCGUCUGGUAUGGAGGGAGGAAGAGCGAACUGGCUGCGAUGUUUUCAAAAGGCAACGAUGAACGUCACACUGCCGUAGGCAACGGUUUACGUCCGAGCAUUUCCCCCUUUUGGAAGCGGGGGCGGGUUGGGCUGGGGGGGGACGAAUAACUGUUUCACGUCAAGCCACCCACGGAUGAGACGACGGCGGUCAACGUAGAAGGUGCACGAUGAACCCGCUGGGCUGGAGCUGUCUGGGCUAGUCGGGUGCCACACCAUGGCCAAACCCGGUAGCGACAGAGAUGGCGCCAUGGUGGAAAAGCAAGCGGGGAAGAAGUGCAAAGACAAGUUGUCCCCAUUCACCAAGACGCCCAAGCUGGACCGGAGCGAGUUGCUGGCAAAGGAAGGCAAAGUCAAGUCUUCCAUGAAGCGCAAGCUCUCCUUCACAAACAGUCCGCCCCGGACCACCACGGACGAGCGAGACUCGGACACCGAUGAGUCAGACCCAGGCCAGUCCGCUGAGACCUGGGGUGAGAGAUUAGCGGCCCCUUGCCGGACAUACGCAGAUAAGGAUGGACCAGAUAAGAAGAAAGUGAAAAAGGAGGCCGGGGGCAAGAAGUCGCAAGCUCCCAACCUUUUGUUUGGCUACCCGCUGUCCGAGCGUAAGCAGAUGGCUCUGCUCAUGCAAAUGACGGCCAACAGUCCAGAUUCCACGCCCAGCCACCCCUCGCAGACCACGCCGGUGCCCAAGAAGGUUCCCAGCAGCGCCUCGUCGCGGCAGAAGGACAAGGUCAACAAGCGCAACGAGCGUGGUGAGACGGCGCUGCACAUGGCCGCCAUACGGGGUGACGCCAAGCAAGUCAAGGAGCUCAUCAGCUUGGGAGCUGACGUCAACGUCAAGGACUUUGCAGGCUGGACCCCGCUUCACGAAGCUUGUAACUUGGGUUACUACGACGUGGCGAAGGUGCUAAUCGCAGCCGGCGCUGAGGUGAACACGCAGGGUCUGGACGACGACACGCCUCUCCACGACGCGUCCAGCAGCGGCCAUAAAGACAUUGUGAAGCUGCUCCUGCGCCACGGCGGAGACGCCUUCCAGGCCAACAAGCGCGGUGAGCGGCCGGUGGACGUGGCCGACUCGGAGGAGCUGGAGCGGCUGUUGAAAGGAGAGGCAGCGCUCUCCGAGCAGGAUGACAGCUCCUCGGACUCUGAGGAUUUGCCAUCCGUCAACCCGUCCAGCGUGGACGACUCUGACGCAGAGAAGGACUCUGACGCUAAAGCUAAGUCGUCGUCGUCGUGCAUCCCGGACCUGGACGAGUACGAGUUCAAGGACGAGGAAGAGGAGGAAGACCUGAGUAAAGUGCUCAAUGACCGACAUAUCCUGCGGCGAGAAUUGCGGCAGAGGGAGAAGGAAGACAAAGAGCACGCCGCUGUGGCCGGGAAGCAGAGCGCCAAGGGGGAAGCCAAGUCCAAGAAGCCCAAGAUCCCUCGGCUGCACUGCAGCUCAGACUCAUCCAGCGACGAGCGGGAGAGCCUCCCCGACAGGAGGAACUCGCCCACCUGCUCGCAGAGUUCGGAGGGCAUCAAGGUAAAAAAAGACAGCGGCGAGCAGAAAGACAAGGGCAAAUUCAAGAGGAAGAACAAAAGCCAGAAUAAAAACAAAGAAAACCAAGAGGACGGGAAGGAGAACAGCAAGACGCUGGUCCUCCAGCUGGCCGCCGCUGCGGAGAGCGCGGACAAGGGGCGCGAGGAGGACUCCUUCAAGAUGUCCUUCAGCCCCAAAGACGACUCGUCGGUGCACCUCUUCCACUUGUCGGCCAUCAAGUCACCCAAACUCAACCACGGCCUGGCCGACAAGCACGCGGCGCCGCUCAAGCAGGAGAACAGCUCGUGUCCCACCGACGCCAUCAAGUACAACCACUACUCGGACGUGGACUUCUCCACGGAAAGCUCCGGCGCCAAGGCCCACAAGCACAAGGAGAAGAGCAAGCACCACCAGCGUGACGGGGAGCGCGACGACGCCCGCGCCAGCCCGGGCCCGCUCGCCGGCGUUGAGGGCGGCGCCGCCGCGCGCAAGACGGAGCUGGAUGUCAAAGCGGCCAAGAAGCACAAAGUCAAACAUAAGGAGAAAGACAAACACCGGAGAGAGUACGAGGCCGAGUGUAGCCGUCACAGGCAGAAGGAGGUCAGGAGAGACGGCCACAGGAAUCUGGAGUUUGACAGAGAGUUCUGGAAGGAGAACUUCUUCAAAAGCGACGAGGCGGAAGACACGGCGGCUACGAAACGCCAAGCGGAGGAGCAUUGCUCCCUCCAGAGGAUGUGCGGCGACGGCAAGGAGGACAAGAGCGCCAAGGAGAAACAUUCCAGUGGCAAAGACAAGCGGCCGAGGGACGAGCGUGACAAGGAGAAGGCGGUGAAAAAAGAGCGCAGGGAAGAGAGGACCCGAGAGCGCGACGACAGAGCAAGCGAGCGCAUUCCAGAUGCCGAGAGCAACCAAAGUAUGAAAGAAGAGACGGAGGAGACGGCCAUAACUCUCGCUGCCGAUCAGGAACAUCUGGAGCCCGCGCGGGACAAACCAGACAAGCGGCUCCCGGGAAAAGAGAAGGAAGUGGAAAAAAUGGAGAAAAGGCAUCCGGACAAGGAAAAAAAGCUCAAGUCGGAGCACGCCAGCAGAGCUGAGCCGCAGAGUCAGUUGGAGCGCUGGAAGGAAAAAGAGCGAGCCGGGCCCGCUUCCGCCCACUUCCCGGGCGAUAAACUCAAGUCUCUGUCCGCCGCCAAGAAGCACGAAGACGGCCGAAAAAGUCGAGACAAGCGCUCCGAUACGGAUCACAGAGAAAAGGACCGCGCGAGUUACGACAAGAAGAAGCCGUCGGAGAAAAGCUCAGAUCACGGCAGAUCCGAUCGCUCCAAGGACUGUGAGCGAAAAAGAAAAGACAAGCUUAAAGAUGGGACGCUUUCCUCCACUUCCAAUCUGAAAUCACUUCUGGAGGAGAAGAAGUCUUAUCUCUCUGAAAGUGGCAAGUCCUCGUUCACAAAAUCCAAAGAAGAGGCAGCCGGGAGGAUGCCGGAGAAGGAUCGGGACCGGAGGGAGCGAGACAGAGAUUCGGACAGGCACAAAGACAAGGAGCGCCACAAGGACCGUUCCCAGCAGAGCAAGGCUAACAAAGUCAAGCCCAGCGAGACGGAAGGUGAAAAGGCCAAGCUCAAACCCCCCGCCGCCGCCGGAACCCGAGACACCAGGCCCAAAGAGAAGCGCCUGGUCAACGAUGACCUGAUGCAGACCAGCUUUGAGCGAAUGCUGAGCCUCAAGGACCAAGAGAUUGAGCAGUGGCACCGCAAGCACCUGGAGAAGAUUAAACAGAAGGAAAGGGAGAGGCUCAAACUGAGGUCUCUGCCGGACCCUGCCAAGCCCAGGCCCAAGGACCGGACUAAGACGGACACGUGCUUCAGCAAAGAGCUCCUGCGCUCCAAAAGCUCCGAAGCUUCUGACGCCCACUGCAGAGAGAAAGCCCAGAAGGACGUCUCCGCUCUCAGGGCUGUGUCCCUAGACGGAAAAAGCCUGCCCUCCAUCGGCGCCAAGGUCAUGUCCGCAGUUGAGAACUGCCUGAGCAGAUCCCCACGACCCGAGGGUGAGCACUGCAGCCUCAUGUCCAGGUCCGUGUCCCUGCUUUCGGUCGCCAGCUCCGAGGACUCCUGCCAGGCGGCCACCUUGACCCCUAAGCACGCGGAGUACGACUCGGACGUGAACUUGGAGCCGGCCGACACGCAGCCCGCCUUCCUGCAGUCCUCCCUGGUCAUCCAGGCCGCCAGAUUGCCGGCCGCUCUGGACAAGGACUGCAGCUUUCUUCCGGAUGCGCACCGGCCGACGCUUCCCGCCAGACACGAAUCGCCGUACCUCAGGGCCAUCCUGGACGAGGACGCCAACGUGUCCACUGAAACCGGGGCGACAGACAGUCCACCGAAACCCCACGCAGAGGCUCCGAGAACAAGGGAGACGUCAACAGAAAGAGAAGAGGUGAGCGUCAGCCAACCGUGUUCAAACGCAGAGUCGCUCGCAGAGUGUAAAGAUUCAGCUGGCGGCUCCUCACCCAACAGAGAGCCUCCAAGUCUCACUCUCUGCGGUAGUCCUGCACCAGAACUUUCUGAUGCCGCUGUCCCGAGGGACAUCCCCUGUCUGGAAAGUCCGACUUCACAACCGGAAGCGACCAACAGGGACUUUGACCUGGCAUCUCUGUCGCUAGAACCGCCGGAGCUCACCAACCCUGAAAGCCUCCAGCCCGUGGAGCCUGUCCUCGUGAGCAUACUGCCGGUGGACUCUUCUUCUUCAGGCCCGCUUGCGGAUCAGAAUGAAACAAACACCAACGCGGAUGGUGCAGAACACCUUAGUGCCGAAAUUGUCCCUGAGAGCGUCAAGAUGGAGGUGACGGAAAGUCCAGUACCCUCCACCAGCACCACCAAACCUCAGGCAAGCUUCGAGUUUAAAUGUCUGCAAGAGAAUCUGGAUCCCAGACCUCCGGUUGUAGUCACUCCAAUGGAGAUGUCGGACGACGAGUCCAGCGCGACAAAGGAUCAAGAGAUGUGCGAUGCACAGAAGUCUGAAAACCAAGUUCCAAGUUCUUCACUGGAAGAGCAGCUGACUACAGAGUUAUCCUCUGAGUUAUACAUGGAGGCGACCCCCUCGGACCGGAAAACCGAGUCCUCGUAUGAAGACUCCACUCUGGCCGCCAUCCAACCGGCAGGCCACAGUGACCUGAGUAGCAGCAGCUGUAGCAGCAGCGGCAGCUGCAUGAGCGGCGGCGGCAGCACAAGCGGCGGCAGCAGCAGCAGCAACACCUCGGGCAGUUCGUCUCCCCAGUCCGCAGAACCAGAGUCGGACUGCUGCGGCACCAAGCUCCGCUCCUCGGAAGAGGAAGCGGACCUGCACUUAUCGCACCCGCGUAAAAGGAAGAUGCCCAAGCCGCCUUCCUGCCAGCCGGGUCCGGCCCCGGCGCAGGAACUCGAACGGGAGAGCAGCGAAGCCGUGCAGCAGCAGCAGUCGCUCGCCGCCAUCGUGGCCUCGGUCAAGCUGGAGGAGAUCGAGCCCUACCAGACAGAGCGCGCCAACCCAUACUACGAGUUCCUGCACAUUCGGAGGAAGAUCGAAGAGAAACGCAAGGUGCUGUGUAGCGUGGCGCCGCAGCCGCCGCAGUACUACGACGAGUACGUCACCUUCAACGGCUCCUACCUCCUGGAUGGGAACCCGCUCAGCAAGCUGUGCAUCCCCACGAUAACUCCGCCUCCCUCACUACCCGAGCAACUGAAGGAGAUGUUCAAGCAGCAGGAGGUGGUCCGCAUGAAACUGCGCCUGCAGCACAGCAUCGAGAGGGAGAAGCUGAUCGUGUCCAACGAGCAGGAAGUCCUGCGCGUGCACUAUCGGGCGGCGAGGACGCUGGCCAAUCAGACGCUGCCGUUCAGCGCCUGCACCGUGCUGCUGGACGCCGAAGUCUACAACAUGCCCCAAGACGUCCAGGUGCGAACCGCCGGAGCCACCGGGUCGAGCGGCGGCCCGCUUGACGCGAGCGUGUCUCCGUUGCAGAGCGACGACGGCAAAACGUCGGUGAGGGACCGAUUCAACGCCAGGCAGUUCAUGUCCUGGCUGCAAGAUGUCGACGACAAGUUUGACAAGCUCAAGACGUGCCUGCUGAUGCGGCAACAGCAUGAGGCGGCGGCGCUCAACGCCGUGCAGCGGCUGGAGUGGCAGCUCAAGCUCCAGGAGCUCGAGCCGGCCACUUACAAGUCCACCGGUAUCUUCGAGAUUUCCGAGUUCUACAUCCCGCUGGUGGAGGUCAACGACGACUUUGACCUCACGCCCAUAUGAGCCGAGCUGGCAGCGGCAAAAUGCUCGACCGGCGCGGCGAGGAGCAUUUGGGACUCCCCCGGCCGCUACGCGAGACCCAAAGGCCAGCAGGAGGGGGGGGCGCCGAAUAGGACGCUGAAGUCGACAGCACCACCAUCGCGUCGUGUUAAGCAGGGUCACUUAAAAACGCGCACACGUCAAAGUUGUGUGGAUAAUUAUGUGUACAGAUUGUGCUCUUAAUUUUUUUUAACUUAUUUUCUACAUACAAGAACUUGUGCAUUUGUACAUAGCAAAAAAAUGGUGUAAUUAUUCUUAUUGUUUAAGAAGCGCUGUACAAAACCAACCCAACAAACAAGUACUAGAUAUUUUGAUUGUAAACGUCUCCUGUUUUAAUGGACCAAAGUGUUUGUUGUUUUCGGCGUGUUUUCCUCUUUGUCUGUGACGUCCUCGUGUGCUUUUUCUCUGGCUUUUUUCAUUUCUGUUUUUACUCCUUACACCAGUGGUUCUUUACCUUUUUCCUUGUUCCCACCCCAAUCAAUUCACCAACCAGUUCUUGCACCCCUAACCCUAAAUAAUUAUAAUAAUAAUAAUUGGUUUACUUUACAGCUAUAAGGCUAAAUUAGCAUUAUCCCUAAUGCCAAUUAACACAAUGACUUCUUGAUUUCCAGAAUUUUUCACUUUUUUCGGUUAGCUGACCAUUAUCCCCGAAAAAAUUUAAAUUUCCCCCAGGGUAUCCUCGCACCCCCGGUUAAGAACCACUGCCUUACACAAUUUGACACUGUGCAUGCCUUUUUCGCCGCCCCAAUCUUUUUUUCUUCCCAUAUGUACUCACCUUGUGUGUGUUUGUGCGCGUGCGUGCCAUCCCACGUGUGCGUUCGAGUCCAUAGAGGAGAGUGAGGGUGUUUUAAAAAGAAGACAAAACAGUUUCAACGUGAGAUCACAGCAAGAAGCUAUUUUUUCAACAUAAUGCCUUUUGAUGAACGAUAGUUCUAAAAAAUGUCUAUUUUGAUAUUUACUUGUUACAAGACCUGUACAUACUUGUAAUAUAUAAUUGAAUAAAUUUUAUUUGUUGUGAAACUGAA